AUGUCGGACAUCACAGACCAGACCUCGGAGCUUAUACUUGACCCUGAGGGCGAAGUAACAAUCAUACUGCAUAACCCCGACGCCCCGUUUGCCGUUUGGGACCUGACGUCCGCGUCUAUCCAUCAUGGCCCUCGCAGCGGCAAGGGGGUCGAUUGGACAUCCGCAGCAUCCACGAAGGCAACCAAGAACCCAGGCCUGGCUCAUGCGAUGGCUCUAGCUCGGAGGAUAGCCGAACCAUCCGAGGCAACAGCACAGAUAUCGUCAGAGACAAACCUAUUCGAAAACGAAACAGAAGAUGAACAUGAACAAGAACAACCCGGGGAGGAUGCACCGGAGGAUAACGAGAAAAGGGCAUCAGGCCAAGAAUCAACCACCCCCGAGCCAGCCCCAGUUCGUUUCCAAGUCUCAGCCAAGCAUCUGAUGCUCGCGUCCUCGGUAUUUCAAAGCAUGCUGGGCAAGAACGAGUGGAAAGAGGCCACCCAGUUAAAGGAACAUGGGUCUGUUGAUAUCGACACGUACGACUUUGAUACCGAAGCACUCCUUGUCUUCCUCCGCAUCAUUCACUGCAAGGUAACUGAUCUCCCAGAGACUAUGAGCCUGGAGCUCAUGGCUAAGCUCGCGGUCGUGGCCGACUAUUACGAAUGCCGGGACCUGGUGGCGUACUAUAUCAAGCGGGUUAUCCUCGACAAUCACUGCAACACCCAGCCGAAGCGCUACACCCGGACUUUGGUCCUCUGGAUUUGGGUUGCCUAUUUCUUUCGGGUACCUUACCUAUUUGACGAGGCCACCACGACUGCAGUUCGGGAAGCUGGCGGGACUAUUACUUCGCUGGGUCUGCCCAUACCUAGGGCAAUCAUCGACGACCUGAACCGCGUAAGAGUGAAAGGAAUCAAGAUAAUAAUCGACGCCCUACAUGCUGCAAAGGAGGCAUUUCUUACACCUCCAUUCAAAUGCUCGAUGCAGUGCGACUCAGCAAUGCUGGGUGCGCUGAUGAUGCAGAUGGAUACCCAUGGCGUCCUAUCUCCGAAGCCCCAGGAACCAUUCGCUGGGCUCCGUCAUAGCAAAUUGGUGGAAGACGUGGCCAAUUUCUGGUGUCCGGAGGGGUUGGAUGUAGAGCACACUAUACAUUACGGCUUGUCAAAAAAACCUCACCGUCGCUUCAACCGUCAUUUCAAGAAGGUCAGCUCUCAUUUCAGAGGAAUACAACCACCUACAUUCGACAACUAUCUUCAUCCCGAGUGGUGGUUUAUUUCUGGAUUCGCUCUGGAUAUCAAAUCUAUCUACACGACCUCGUAUUUCCAAUCUCUGGCCUCUUCGUCUCUCCCUGUCCUCCCCAACAUACUCCUUUCUGAUACCUUACCACUCGCCUCGCUCCGAAUCCUUCUUCUGUUUCCAUUCUCUGCCCAAGACAUCCAUAUUGACCAACGUCGAACGGACUUUGAUUCAUCACAGGCCAACUCACCAUACUCUCCGAUCAGAAAACACAUCUCCUCCUUCAACACCGUAACGAUGACCACCUACACAAUCGAUCCCUCUGGAGAUGUCACUCUCGUUGUCAACAAUCCAAACGCCCCUUUUGCUCCCUUGCCUGAAACCACCGCCGCACCUCAGGCUCCCGCGGAUGCAAGCCAGUUCACCACCGAACAGAAGACAAACCCCGAAGUAUGCAUUAAAGUAUCGGGGAAACAAUUGAUGAUGGCCUCACCUGUAUUUGAAAGAGCCCUUACCGGAAGUUGGAAGGAAAGCUUUGAGUUCAAAAUAGAUGGGGCUGUCACAAUCCAUACGGAAGGGUGGGAUAUCGAAGCCUUGCUGGUUCUCAUGAAGAUGAUCCACUGCAAGCCCCAUGAGCUUCCUGCUCAGGCAUCAGUGGAACUGAUUGCGAAGCUCGGUGUUCUAGCGGACUACUACGAGUGCAUUCCUGUGGCUGGUUACUAUGCGAUAAAGUGGGUUGCGGGCGACAUUAUGCCACCAGCACCGCCCACAGUGGAUGACGCUUAUAUACGAGACCUCGUACUUCGCGUCUGGAUUUCCUGGACUUUUGAUCCACCCAAUGCAUUCGAAACGUCCUGUGAAAUGCUAGUACAGAAUACUCGGGGAUCUAUCUGUUCCUUCGGGCUUCCAAUCCCCGUUAAUAUCAUAGACGCCCUUAACAAACGCAGAGAGACGGCCAUUGAGAAGGCAAAGGCCCUCAUCGAGCUCGAGCGUCAUGCUAUUUUGACCGAUGAGUCUCGCUGCACAGCUGCCUGUCGGGCCAUGACAUUGGGCACACUGUUGAUCUUUCUUGAGAAACGCCAAAUUCUGUCUAUACAGGCUCCAUAUUCCGGAAUUGUUCUGAGCCUAACUAUCGCCUUCUUUCCCAAGGGUAUGAGUGCGCCCACUCUUCCUUCAGCCAUAUAUUUCGUUCUAUGGGCUGUUCCGUUGGGGCACUUAAUAUAA